AGUUGGAAGAUGAAGUGUUUUUGAAAAAUUAUCGUUUGCCGAAAGCUGCAUUUACAUAUUUGCUUGAAACAUUGGAAAGCAAACUACAAGCUGGUGUAAGAAAAACAUCGAUACCCCUAAUUUUAAAACUAGCAGCGACUUUAAGAUUCUGUGCUCAGGGAUCCUACCAACUGAGUGUAGGAAACGAUAGUAAUAUUGGACUUGGCCAAUCUACUGUUUCCCUGGUUUUGACAGAAAUGUUUCAUGCUUUGGAAGAGCACGUGUGUAAAAAUUGGAUAAAAAUGAAUUACACUGAUGAAGAGAAACGAAAGGCGAAAAUGUAUUUUUUUGAGAAAAGUGGAAUUCCAGGCGUAAUAGGUUGCAUUGAUGGGACACAUAUUAAAAUCGUUGCCCCAAAAAAGGAUCUUCAACACCUUUACUAUAACCGAAAAGGGUACUUUAGCUUAAACGCGAUGAUAGUCUGUGAUAACGCUCUGAGGAUUCGUUACAUCAAUGCAAGAUAUCCUGGGGCAACGCACGAUGCUACGGUUUUCAAUAUGUCUUCUUUAAAACCCCAAUUAGAAGAUGACUACCGCAGGGGUGAAAGGAAUUUAUUAUUAGGUGACGCAGGAUAUGCUUUACAGCCGUAUAUGCUUACUCCAUUCCGGAACCCCGAUGACGGAUCAGUGCAGGGUAUAUUUAACAAAAGGCAUGCAAAAGCUAGGAAUAUUGUGGAACGCACGAUUGGGGUGUUGAAAAAUCGGUUUAGGUGUUUGUUAGGUGCUCGUGCGCUGCACUAUGAGCCAAAGAAAGCCACCCAAAUAAUAAACGUUUGCGUAGCACUGCACAAUAUAUGCAUUUUUUACAAUGUUGAGUCUUCGAAUGAAGAAAUUUAUGAUAGCCAAGACCCAGAAAACUAUGAAGAUCAAAGUGACAUCAAUUUUCAAGCAGGCCAUAUAAAUCAAGAAGCCGUAGAAAUAAGAAAUAACAUUUUACAACAUAUGCGACUUCAGUCUUAA